AUGACGUCCUACAAUUUGCCCGCAGUGGCAGUAGAGGGAUUCAAGGAUGCAUCAGCUUACGACACAUACCGCCCGUCUUAUCCAACGGAAGCGGUUGAUCAAUUCUUGUCGCACUUGAAGCUCGUGGGAUAUACCGAAUCAAACGUGGUCGAGAUCGCUGCGGGAACGGGCAAGUUCACUAAACUACUCGCUCAGCGGACUGAGCGCUUCAACAUCAAAGCCAUUGAGCCCCAUGAGGGGAUGAGACAGACUCUCGUCGAGAAGGACCUUCAAGCUGUUGAAGUGAUUGAUGGCACCGCAGACAAUAUGCCCGUCAGUGAAGAAUGGGGGGAUGCUUGCAUUGCGGCACAGGCUUUUCACUGGUUCUCCACACCGGAGUCACUGAGAGAAAUCCAUCGAGCUUUACGCCCAGGCGCCGUGUUUGGUGCUAUAUGGAACGUGGAAGACUACAACAAGCCUCGCGAAUGGGAAGCUUCUACGAAAUGGGAGCAGAAACUUAACGACCUUGUCUGGUCGCUUGAAGACGGACAGCCUCGAUUCAGACACAUGAAAUGGAGAGGAGUGUUUGAUCAAGAUUUGCCAAGCAAUCCCUUCCAGGUCAUAAAGAAGACUAUUGCCGAUCACUUGCCUACUUUCUCACUGCCCAUCGGGGAAGGGUCAGUGAAGUGGACAAACUGGCUCUCGGAGGAAGCGUUGUGGUCCCGUUUCAAUACACUGAGCCAAGUUGCGGUUCUGAAGGGCAAAGAUAGGGAUAAUGUAGUAAGGUUAUUCAAGGAGGCACUGGCAAUGGAUGAUGUGGAGAGGAACAGAAAGGGCGAGAUCGCCUUGCAUGGUUUGACGUAUUUUGUGUGGACCGAUAGGCUAUAG